UAAUCGAGAUGAAAUACGGUCAGGCUGCAACUAAUGUCCAUGACGCAGGUGGAUUUAUUAAGGAGAACGAAGAGGGUCUAGAGUUGCUCAAAGAAGCCAUUGAAAAUACAGAUUAUAAUGACAAAGUUUUUAUUGGAAUGGAGGUUGCUGCAUCUGAGUUCCAUGGACCAGAUAGAACCUAUGAUAUGAACUUCAAGGAAGAGAACAAUGAUGGAUCUCAGAAGAUCCCUGGAGAUGCUCUCGGUAAUGUGUACAAGUCAUUCGCAGGUGACUAUGCUAUCGUGUCAAUUGAGGGUCCCUUUUACCAGGAUGACUUGGAGCACUACGCAAGGAUGACCCAUGAAAUUGGGGAACACGUCCAACUUGUGGGAGGUGAUCUGUUGGGCACCAACCUUGUGAGGCUUGAGAAGGCGAUUAAUGAGAAAAUUUGCAAUGCUCUCCUUCUCAAGGUUGAUCAAAUCGGAUCUGUUACUGAGAGCAUUGAAGCUGUGAAGAUGUCAAAGAUAGCUGGGUGGGGAGUGAUGGCUAGCUGCAGCAGUCUCGGACAGCGACAAAGCAUAGCUGAUACAUUCUUAUCUAAAAUGUUUUGCUUUGGCGAAUGUACCAAACUUCGCAGUGGAGGAACAGAAGAUGCUUUCAUUGCCGACCUUUCUGUGGGUUUGGCCACGGGUCAAAUUAAGACUGGAGCUCCACGCAGGUCUGAGCGGCAGGCUAAAUAUAACCGGCUCUUGCAAAUUGAAAAGGAGCUCGGUGCAGAAGCUGUUUAUGCUGGAGCAGACUUCCGCAAGCCCGUUGAACCCUACUAGAGUACAA